CCAACACUCAAAAACGCCUGCACAGACAUGGCUUCUCCAGCUAUCGCCACUGCUCCUCUACGUAUACUGAUAAUUGUCAAGUCUCCUCAGUCGGACGAGGAAAUUAUCAAAGCCUUCCUGCGGUAUGCAAGGCGCUCAGACAGCGAGUACGAGAAGAAUCAGCACUACAUUCACCUCGACCCCGACAGAAGAGGAUCAAAGUCUUGGUCACAUCUUGUCCUCGACAUGGAUGUUCGAGAGACUCCAAGCUGCAAUUCUGACGAUUUACAUCUUGAAAUAUACAAAGUAAAGUCGGAAAACCCUGAAGACGAGCUGCGUUUCAAGCUUUUGGCCCCCCAACAGCAUCAACAAUACUAUCGCCAAUCAAAAGACUAUCUAGCAAGCAUUUUGCGAUGGGGAGAAUAAGGAACUCUUGGAUGGAACUCUUGGAUUUGCCUUGAGAUCCUGUCGUCCUCGAAAAAUGCACGGGUAGAUCGGAAGCUUUGUGUCCGGACCGGAACAAGAAGAGAAGGUGGGCGUAAAAUCAGGGGCCUCACGGACGAAGAUUCAAAGAUCUUCGAAACGAAUCCUUCUAAGAAGGCCCGAACAUUGAAAAAUUGGAGAAACGGCCACUUAGCGAUCACGGCUAAUGGUGCAGGGUUUUUGAGCGCCACGUUUGCAUCCUUUUCUACAUGGCGGUAAGGUGCUGAUUACAGGUAGCUGUUGCCUAGUUCUUAAUCUUUGUCAUUAUGGCAUCCCAACUACAUGAGAAGGCAACCCGUCCUUGACAAGAUGGUGAGACCAAGACUUGUUCGCAAAUAAGGGGAAGUACAUGUACCCCUGAUGAGGACCAUGCCCAAUCCACCAGCUCUCCCACCUCCAUGUCCAGGUCACACUUGGAGCGACGAGGUCCCCAGCAAAGAGGUGAUUCCAAUCGUCAUUGGACGAUGCGAAUAUUGUUCAGCCUAGCCCAGAUCGGAAGAAGUUGGGAGGAUGAUAGAACGCAUUUGGAAGGUCAUAUUACCAUCAGCUGCUGGUUGCAGAAUCCGAGCUCCUUCUCCGAGUUGGAACAAUCGUCAGUCAGAUUCAAGGUCGUCUGUGCUCCGUCAUCUUUUUGUCCAGACUGACAGGAGCAUAGGCAGCGAAAGAAACAAUAAGAUUUUCAAGUGCCGCUCUUGGUUAAACGUGGGCUUCUGCGUAGCGGAGUGGUCGUUGUUGAGGCAUUUCUGCGCCUACUGUCCGUACUAUCUCGCAGCUGACGCUUCUUGGUAGAAGUCCGCUGGCGGACCUCCGUCUUCUGUGAUUUGGCAGCCCUGAAACGUUUUGUGACCGCCGCUGUAGGCGAAUUCAUUCGAAAUGUUCCGGC